GCCAUACUAAAGAAGAAGAAGAAGAGAACGCCAACAAUUUCUUGUGACGACAUAAGACCAUCAUGUGAACGAGUAAAUCAUCGGUCUUUUUGCUUGUUGGCAACAACUAUCCCGAGACACAAAGCCGCGGUGACUAAAGGUCUGCACUCAUGUCGGCCGGGAGUGACGUGGUGGCGUGGGUUGAGACAACCGAAGAGGUUGUCGUAACAGAGGAGUCACCACCAUCUGAUGACAACGCUCCUCCAGUUUUAGAGCCAGCAGAAGCAACCGUUCAGAAGUUACUAGAUACUUUGGGGAAGGGAGAAAACCCAGAGGCUAACGAUGGCUUUCAUUGUGAGGAGUGUCUGACUCUCUUCCAGGAGCACAGUGAUCCUACCAACAUUAAUGGCCCAUCUUUUGUCCUUGACUUUCCAAUGAGCACUGGUGUCCCGCAGCGAGCUCUUCUCACUCUCCCCUAUGGACUGAUGAUAGGCAGAUCUAGCAUUCCCAGAGCAGGUAUUGGGGUCAUAAAUCAUGGUCCAACUGUGUGUCCGGGAAUGCAUUUUGGACCGUAUGAGGGGGAAGUGACAACAAGAGAAAAUGCCAUGUCAAGUGACUUCUCCUGGGAGAUUAAUAAAGGAGAGCCUGAUUAUGAAUACAUUGAUGCUGCCAGAGAAUCACACUCAAACUGGAUGAGGUAUGUCAACUGUGCUCGUAAUAAAGACGAGUCAAAUCUGCUGGCAGUCCAGUUCAAAGGCAGCAUCCUCUUUCACUGCUGUCGCACCAUACAUCCUGGAGAUGAGCUCAUGGUGUGGCCCAGUGACAAACUCCUUGCCAAUUUCAGUGAAUCUUGGAGCCAGCUGUGGUUUAUGAAGUUGAAAUCUGAAGAGAGUAAUGCAACAGUAGCAUCUCAGGUCUUCUUGUGCUCCCAGUGUCAGCUUUCCUUCACUACAGAGGCUUUUCUCCAGCGACAUAUCGAACACUUCCACACGCAGCCCACAGGGGACUGUGCAACACCUGAUGCUCAGGGAGCGGAACUUGAAAAUCCCACCCCAAGUGAGGACUCGGGAACUGUAGAAUCACUGGUGGUGUUAUCACCCGUUGACCCUUUUGACUCCAAAACAUGUGGAGAUUGCGGGAAAACUUUCAAGCAAAUGCCACACCUCAGAAGGCACAAACUUUGUGUCCACUCAAACAGGCGCCCCUACUGCUGCCCAAAGUGCAGGCGAACUUUUAGCCAGGCAUGUGGUCUAAUCAGACACCAGCUUGUUCACCGGAAGCACACUGUGCCGAAGGUUGCCAAUCAAAGCAAAAAUGUCAGUGAAAACACAGAAAUCUCCACACAAAGCUCAGAACUUUUUGUAGCUGCUGAUUCAGGCAUAAUUGAUGAAGCAAAAGAAACGGACGUAAAUGAGAAUCAACAAGAGGCGAUGGAUGUAACUGAAACGCAGAAUGCAUCUACAGGAGAAGCAGAAACAUCUCAAUUUAACUGUUCAGACUGCGUGAAGAGCUUCAUAAAUGAGGCCUCCCUUAAAAAGCACAGGGUGAUUGUCCAUGAGAAGUUACGCCCCUAUGUCUGCACUGUGUGUCAGAGAUGCUUUGGUCAGUACAAUGACCUGACCAGGCACCUGCAGGUUCACAGAAAAGAAAAGAAAGGUAAAGAACAACUAAAUGAGGCUCCGGAGGAACCAAACGCCUUGUCUUUUAGCUGUGCCGACUGUUCACUGGCUUUUCCUUCAGAGGAUACCCUUCAGCAACACACCAAUGAGCAUAACUCAGGGGAUACCACAGUGAAGGAGGGUCAUCCAUUGCCUGUCAACAGUGAUCAAAUUAAUGAUCCUGAUUUCGUUCCACAAACCUCUGUGGCUGGAACGGAUGUAUCGGUCCAAAACGCUUCCUCUCAGCGGCCUCGGAGACUUGGUGCUAGAUCUCGAAUUUCGGCCAUUACCAAGCUCAUAGCUCCAAAACAAAGAAGAGGCGUCUGCAAGAAACUAGCCAGCUCCACUCCGACUGAUCUGAGCUGCACUCAACCAGUAGCCUCUACUGUCAGAAAUGUCAAGUUCACAAAAUACAAAUGGUUUAGUUGUGAGAGAUGUAAACGGACAUAUGGAAACCCGAGUGAGCUCAAAUCCCACAAAUGUGCUUGGAAACAGCACAAGUGUGGUCAGUGUGGGGCGUCUUUCAGUAAGUCUGGGUUUCUGAAGAGACACGAGCAGCGGGUACACACAAAUGCAAAGUCCUACAGAUGUGACCACUGUGAUAAAGUCUUCACCACCGCUUGUAACCUGAAACAGCAUCAGAAGAGCAACACUUGUAUGAAGUAUCACUGCACGUCUGAGCUUUUCUCAUGCUCCUUCUGUCAGUUUUCCUUCACCAUGAAGAGCUACCUUAUCAAACACAUCAAGAGGCACCACCCCGUGGAGUAUCUAUCGAUCUGUGAAUCCGAUAGCCUGAUGGAUCAGCUGCAGGAAGAGCAGACGGAGAAGGAGCGUGUGUGCCCGCAUUGUGGGAAAAGCUGUGCAAGUGCCAAAGCUUUCAAAAGUCACACUUGCUUCCAGCAGGUGAAGGUUCUGUACUUGUGCACAGACUGUGGAAAGGGCUUCACAAACCACUAUGGUCUGAAGCAGCAUCAGCGCAUUCACACGGGGGAGAAGCCACACCGCUGCCCUCACUGCAGUAAAAGCUUCUCGUACACAGGCCAGCUCAACGUGCACCUCCGAACUCACACUGGUGAGAAGCCGUACCUGUGCACCCACUGUGGAGAGAGCUUUCGGCAGUCGGGAGACCUGAAGCGGCACGAGAGGAAGCACACAGGGGUGAAGCCCUACACCUGCCCCGAGUGCUGUAAAAGCUUUAGUCGUCCACACAGUCUCAAAGCUCACCAGAUGCUUCACAUGGGACAGAAAAUGUUCAAUUGCAACCAGUGUGGAAAGAGCUUUUCAAGAAACUACCAUCUCAGGAGGCACCAUCAGAAGAUGCACUUGUAGUCUCAGUACAUAAUGUGAGUAGUUUUGUUUUUUUUUGUCAUCGUUCUGUACAUAGCAGUAUUUAAACCCACGCUUAAUUUUGUUGAGAGAUGUAUCAUUUCUUAUCCUAAAAAGUAGGAACUUUCUUUUUUUAUUUCUUUUCUGCUAUGUAAGAGGUAUCUCUGAAUAAAAACAUGUUAAUUUUCUGCAAAAGAAAAGGUUCACAUUCAUGUAAACAAGAAAAUAAAACACCAUUUUGACCAUU